UCACCAUGGCCACUCGUUUCCUCUGCACCGUGGAGGCCCCCAUUCACCAUAGGAUCGGAGACCCGAAAGGCCAACGUCGCCCCUGCCAUGGCCUUUUAGAUCCCGCCUUCCCAUCACGAUUUCUUUGAUAUCCCCCCAAAACACACACAUCUAUAUUAAGACAUACAGAUAUACAUCUUGCUGAAACAUCGAGGACCAGGACAUUACGGGGAAACAGGAGCUGAAGGAGGAACACCGGGAGCAGGAGAUCAAGGAGCACAUGGCCAGGCCAGACGUCGACGAGAGGAGCACUACCGUCGUGCUGCGGUCUUUGAACAACGCCACUCGGGUCUUCAGAAAUGACGUCAGCUUGACCAUGAACAGGCUGGACGAGGAGAUGCAGGGCAAUGUCGACUUUUCGAAGAUAGCCCCGUACGCUAGCGGGGUCCGCACCAAGAAGAUGUGGCAGGAGACCGGGGACUGGAACGACAGCAUGUGGUCCUGCAGCCAGAGUGUCGGCCUCAUCAGCGACAUUCCAACGUGCAAGGACCUUCUAACGGGCAUAGUGGCAGAAGCCGAAGCCCAAUUGACCCUCUCGGCCGCCUGCGUGGCAGCGCCUUCCAGGCUCUGAUCCUGCUGGUGUCCGCUGGCUUGUCCGAACGAAUCCGCUCACGCGCGUGCAGGGCAGAGGGAGGAAUAGCGGAGGAGGUCGGGGAAGCAGCAGGAGUAGCUGGCUGAGGAGGAGCAGCAGGCCCAGAGGUGUUGGAUUGUAGCGUUCCGUGUGGGUGAGCAGGAUGGGCCAUCUGCCAGAACUGUGAUUUAGGAAUUCCAGCGGAGCCCGUGGUUCGCCCCACGGGUUCCAGGGCAGAGGGCGGCGGCGGCAGCUGCAGCUGCCUCUGCGGAACCCAGAACCAACGAUCUUGCUCAUGAUGUGUCGCUACUAGUCCUAGGAGAUUGCGGAGCUUAUUCCCGUGUGCUACGUCGUGAAUCAUUGUUUUCCGCGUCGUGCCUCCAUCUACUCACUCUUCCUCCC